AAAAGAUUUGAAACUGUCUCAGGUGCACUGCUUAUCAUAUGGGCCACUCCUGAUUAUAAUGUUAUUACUACCUAUUAGAUUUUAGCUACAUAUUUGAAGUCGUCCCAUUCUCACACUUUCUUAACUAACGAAACAAUUCUAACAGGUAGUAAAUCGUUAUCAAUUAGUUGGAUCAGAUGCUAUGCUUACUAAGUAAUACAUUAGAAAACUCCAACUUGGCGUUAUUUACCUGGCAAUAGUCAAUUAGCAAGCAGUGGGCGGGUCGGAAUAGUACCGGGGGUGGGGUAGAUUGUGUGCUUCACCUUUACGACCGAAACUGCGUUGGUAAUUGUUUAUACGUUGAAAGACACCUAACGCCACUGCUGAUAAGUCCCACAAGGAAACAGCAGGGAUUUUUAAGACGUUGUUUCGGUUUGGAUUUACGUAUGAGUUAAUUGUGCUGUUAGUGUUUGGAAGAUACUACUGCUAUUGCUGUGUUGAAGAUUUACUUAGUUGGAAGUUUUUCGCUACGGAUUUAAAAUGAAGUCAUUUUUACAGUUAAACUGAUUUUGCACUGUCAUCAGGGUAUAUGCAUGCAGUAUUUUUGGAGGUGCUGUGAACACAGCUAGCUAAAGAUUGCUAGGCAUUAAAAAUUGCUGUACUCUUACUAAGCAACAGUAAUUGGCCAGUGGACCUUCUUCCAUGAUCGAUAAUUUCAUGAAACAGUUCCGUUUUAUAGAUUCUGUAGGUGACCGUGUCUACUGAUACUAAUCCCUGUAUCUGUAAAUUGUUGCAAAAGUGGAGAAACAGCACUAGAAGCCGAUACCUGUUUGCCUUUGGUUCACCUUGCCACCACCAUGGAAUGGCCUGGCAGUAAAUCGGACUCUCUCAGUGAUGAUGACAAGCUUGCUACUACAGUACUGUCAAUGGAUCUGCUUUUUGCAACAUCCACACAGCAAGACUCGAUCUUCUUGGAUUCUGAUGAGAAGGAGCACAACUGUGUGGAACAAAGUGAGAUUCUUCAGGAUGCCAGUGAAACUCUGAACAUGGAUGAAACAGAUGAAAAUGUAAUGCCUCCGUCUGCUGCACAAGUUUUUGUUCCUAGUAUUCAAGUUGUCACAGGCUGUUCCUCCAAAGGGAAUGAUCAGUGGACUUCAUUGAAUGGUUCCAGUCAAAGCAGAGAUGAAUUUCAGGAGAAGAAUGAUGUGACAUUGUUUUGUGCUGAGAACCCUGAUCUUGAAAAGCUCCCUUUCUUACCAGGAGGUGAGCAGCAUCACUUGGCCCAUAGCGGAACCCUUCUCCAUCAGCCAGCAGAUUUAGAGUGGCCAGAUAUUGAGGAACCUGAAAUGAAGACUGGCUGCACAUGUUGUGAUUGCUGGAGCCAUGCAAACCUCAAGGCAAUGGCAUCGUUGGUAGGCGCACUGAUCAUCUUUCCAUGUUUUCUUUACGGAGCCUAUGUAUUUUUGCCUUUUGAUGUACCCUUAAUGCCAACAAUGGAGGCGCGUUUGAUCUACACCCUUCGAUGUGGGGUUUUUGCCACUUUUCCAAUCAUCCUGGGUAUAAUUGUCUAUGGAAUAUCUCGUGUCUGUUCUUCUUCUAUUGAUCCAUUUGCCGAAUUGAAACGGGAGGUAGAGCUCCAUCGACUUUAUGUGGCAGACUCUGUUCAACAUUUUGUGUUGUAUUUUUUCAAUUUAGCAGUCUUGUCCACCUUCCUGCCACAGGAACUGCUGAAGGUUCUGCCACUCCUUACUGGGCUUUUUGCUCUGUCACGGCUGAUAUACUGGGUGUCCUUUGCAUUCAGCCAGGCAUUCCGAAGCUUUGGAUUUGGUCUCACAUUUUUGCCACUGGUGUCCAUGAUGCUGUGCAAUUUCUACUACAUGUUUAUUCUUGAACCAGAGAAGGUAUUUGCCAUGGAUGGGAUGGAAACCUCUGAGGCAGAAACUCCAGCUCCUGCACCGAAACAGAGAUUCUGGGGUUGAAGAACAAAACAUUAUGAAGAAAAUCUAAAGUACAUAAGUAGUGUUGUGAAGUAUCGACCUGAUUUGUUGUUGCCCAGGAAACUGAUGCAAAAGUGAUGGACACUGCAUCUUUAAACAAUUAGUACAUCUUAAUAGUUGAGAGGCUUGUAGAUUUGAUGUGCUUUCUUGAUGUGUUCUAUCAGAAAUACUUCUUUGUUUACAUAGGUGUACAUGCUUUGAAGAAUACCAUAUUGAAGAUAAGUAAAAGGAAGGCCAUAAAAUAUUUAACAUAACUAUCAUUGGGAUGGUGAAAGAACUCAGUAUUUUCCUUUUCAGUGAAGAAUACACAAAAUAAUUGUUGACUGACUGUAGUUUACUAGAAUAAGAAGUGUAGGAAGUGGCAGUGAUAUUCUGUCCAAAUACACCGAAUGCAUAGGCUACAAAAUGGAACCAUUUUAGUCCAUGUUUUGGCAUGGUGCUUUAAUAGGUUAUUCACCCUGUCACUGCCAUAAAGCUUGUGUAGCAUGACCAAAAAUGCCAUGUGCUUCUGAUUUGGUUCUCCUGUGUUUUUUUCUUGGAUAGUUCUGUAUUCCAAUGACACUCAAUGAUAAAAUGUCAUUUUAUUUGUGUGUGUGUGAAUGUGUGUGUGAAUGUGUGUGUGAAUGUGUGUGUGAAUGUGUGU